UGGAUUGUUGGAGAGAUGAUAAUAGCGGGUGGUACAAUUGAAGGUGGGAGAGAGGCUUGUAUGGAAAAGGAACUUGAAGAAAUCCGCAAGUGUGGAAUGAAAAACUUCCGUAAUAUCCAGGUUGAUGAAGCUAAUUUAUUGACUUGGCAAGGGCUUAUUGUUCCUGACAACCCUCCAUAUGAUAAGGGAGCCUUCAGAAUUGAAAUCAACUUUCCAGCAGAAUAUCCAUUCAAACCUCCCAAGAUUACAUUUAAAACAAAGAUCUAUCACCCUAACAUUGAUGAAAAGGGGCAGGUUUGUCUGCCAGUCAUUAGUGCUGAAAACUGGAAGCCAGCAACCAAAACUGACCAAGUAAUCCAGUCCCUCAUAGCUCUGGUGAAUGACCCACAGCCUGAGCACCCCCUUCGGGCUGAUCUAGCUGAAGAAUACUCUAAGGACCGUAAAAAAUUCUGUAAGAAUGCUGAAGAGUUUACAAAGAAAUAUGGUGAAAAGCGACCAGUGGACUAAAAUCUGACAAAAUUGAUGUCAGCAAUGUGUGAUAGAAGAUCCGGAGCAGUGCAUUUCAGACACACCACAAAGCAGGACUCUAUGGAAAAUUGACAAGUGCCACCUUUUGGUGUUUGCUUGUGGCUGUUACUAACUUUCUACAGUUUUCUUAAUCAAAAGUGGUCUAGGUAACCUGUAAAGAAAGGAUUAAAAAAUUAAGAUGUUCUAGUUCUGCUUUCUUUGUUUAAAAAUCACUGCUUCAGUAUACUUUAAAGGAUGCUGUUUCUUUUACUUGUCAGAAUUUAUCAAAAUUAUCUUAGACUUAUAUUCUGCCCUUAAAAUUCAAAAGGUUGUGGCUGUUGUUUCUUCUUUUCCUUUGCAGUUCCCACUAUCUUGCAUUCAUUUAAUUUUUCAUUUAAUUUUCUUCCCCCAAACUGAUGUCUUAGAAAAUAUAUCCCUGUCCUCAUGGAACAUGGUUGGAUGUUUGGCAGUUGUUUACUUUUUCUCUUUAAAUGUUGCACUGUGCUUUGUGGAACUUGGGUAGCAAGUUCCCCUUAACUUCAGUUUGUAACAUAAUAAACAAAACAAAACCCCACAAAAACAAUCAGAAAAAUAGCCUAGGGGUCUUAUGUAAAUUUGGCUGAUGUUACCACAAUAAUGUUUAUUAAAUGGGGAAACCCAAGUUUUGUGUGCGUGAUUGAAUUAAAAUAUGGCUUAUGUCCUAGUUUUGGAAAACUAAAAAAAAAUCUAUAGCAAAUGAAUAGUGGAAUGUGAUUGUGAAAUUCUUUCACUUUUAUUAUUAAUAUCUAUGCAGACGAGCUAGGAAAAAUUGCACAGAACAACAUUGCAACCACUUUAGGAAGUUUUUGAAAUUGGGGACCAAUAGGUACCAAAGUAAAAAAACUGAAUUAAAAAUCAAUCCUUUUGGAAAUAUUAAUUUUGAAAUUGAAAGCUAAAUCUGACGCCAUGGCUAGCUAUUUGAGUACAUCUUCACAUCAAAAUGUAUUAUGAAACCAUCUGUAUUUUUUGGGAUAGCAAUGCCCCUCCCCCCACCAAUUAUUGUAUAAUUCUUUUUUAAUGGUAUGAUAAUAGCAUUAAGCAAUAAAUAAAUAGAAUUCAUUUCACUAGUAUUGUUCAUAAAUAUCUAAAAUAAUAUACUACACUCGAGUUAGAUGAGUCAAUGAGUAUUUAAAGUAAUACUCCCUCCUCACUUAUUCAGGUAAAAAUAAGGUAUUUUCCCUUCCAUCCAAGGCAUCCCUGCUCAGAUAAAAGGAAGCUCUUCCUGUUCAGGACACAAUACCUUUUACGCUUUCAUAUUUUUAGCUGCCUUUUUCCCCUCCUUAAAUCUAAAAUGAGGUCAUAGCCACACAGUCAAUUGCCUUCUCUUCCCAACCAUUAGAAUUUUGGUGUCUUAUUGAAAAAGCAAGUUUAUUUCCAGAAAUCUGAGAUUUGGAGUGCAUAUCUGUUGUGCAGAAAGCUAUAUUAGUAAAUUCUUCACACCCAGAUGGUUAUUUGUACUCCUACAAUCAGCAUUAGUAUAGGAUCUGUCUUUGCAAUGUUUCAGAACUUGUGUGUGAAACCCUUUUUGGUUUAAGUAUGUCUUGUAUAUUUCUGUCUCUUCUGCCCAGACUCUUUUUAAUCUAGAUCCAGCUUUGAUUUAGAAUUUAGUAUAACCAAUGACAGCCCAGUACCUCUGUUGAAAAGAAAACAUUUUAUAAGUGAGGGAGCUUAAGAACUUUUGUUUAAGUGUUCUUAGAUUCUCUGGCAGGUAAAUAAAGUUAAACCAUGGUCACCUUAUAAAGGAAAUUUGCAUUUCCUACGUGUGUUCAGGUUUGGUGAGCACUGUCUAUUACCAGAUUUUCACAUCUUUGUCUUCAUUUGCAGAAAGUUGGUACUGAUUUUGUUUCAUUCACGCUCACUGAUUCAAAAUAAAAAAAUGCCAAAUUAUCUGUCAAACUGAAAUGUGUAACUUCUGCAUCAGAUACCUAAAUGACCUAUUGCUUUUUCUCCUCUUGAUCAAGUGUGUUAGCAUGGAGACUUGCCAUUGCCCAAAUUUACAUUUAUAAAAACUGUAGCACCGGUUUGUCACUUUUCUUUCUAUUUAAUAGUGAAUAUACUUUGACUGUAAACCUCUCAGGUUAAAUGCUGAAUUCAUGUGAAUUAGAUACCACUGAAAGGGAACUGAAGAGGUUGGAUAAUGUUAAGAAUUACAUUUCAAAUUCACAACAGCCAGUAGGAAGGCCAUGCUUACCCAAUUUUAUGUCUAGGGUCAGGUGGAAGAAAAUACUGAUCCCAAGUCUAUUCUUUAUAGUCCUGUCUGCAAACUGUAAGAUGUGAAACACAUGUAGUAGCUUUUACUUAUAGGUGACUUUCUGCAAAAUAUACAGACCAAAUAAGUAUAUGUACUGUAUGGGUGAAGUGGGAGUAGACAAGUGAAAAGUACUAAGCCAGUCCUGUGUAAACUCAGGAAUUCAAACUCUUGUUCUAUUAGUUCCCUAAGUCAUGUUCAAUUCUAAACAUGCAGUUUAAGAUCCAAAAGUAUAGCAUACUGGUAAAACUAUACACCCAAAAGUAUUGGUAUAGGCUUUCUGCAAUUCCAUUCUGCUACCUGUAAUAAAAAUACUCUCAAAGGCUU